AUGACGACGACGACGACUCAUCCCUUACAGAGCCAGGACUCCUCGGGCAUAGACGAAGCCACCUUCCAAAAGAUCCGCUGUGUGUUCAGCGUGAUUCUCUUCCCAGCCGUGGGCGUCAUAGGCACUGUGUCCAAUUUCUUCGCCAUCGUGGUUUUGGCAAAGCAGGGCUUGACACAUUCCAGCAAUGUGUCCAUGUUCAACAUGGCGAUAGCGGAGUUCCUCGUCUCAGCUCUCGUGCUCUGUGUCUACACCGACGGCCUUAUUGGUGACUUCGACUCACCAGCCGUGAGAGCCUUCCUGAAGAUCCGUGACGAGGCCAUCUACCCCACCAGAACGAUCACGCGCGGACUUUCCUCCCUGUGCGCCCCUGUCAUGGCGGCUGAGAGAUUCGUCGACAUUUUCUUUCCGUUUGCCGCGGCCAGAAUCUUCACCAUGCGCAAAACUUUCUUCGUUCACGUUUGCCGGUGGUUGUUUAUCACAUUUUACUUUCUGCCAACCAACGUUGUGGACAGAUACGAGUUUGAAAAACGUGAGAUUCCUUCUUCGUCUCUGAACGGUUCUUGGAAUGUGAGCGCCACCUCAGUUGUGUACAAGCUCAAGAACAGAGACUGGUAUCUUUAUCAUACCCUCUUGUCUACUCCGAUCUUCCUGCAGGCCACUCCCUAUAUCAUCACCGCUUGUUUCAGUAUUUGUAUCGGAUUUCGAAUGCGACGCGCGGUGACCUGGAGAAAGAAACAACAGCCGGCUGCCGAGAACACGAGCAACAGGAACUCCCGGCGGGUCACCAAGAUCGUACUGAUCAUCAUGGCGCUGUUCAUCAUCAGCCAACUGCCUUACAACUACCUGUGCACGCUGUGCAUCAUGGACCCCGAGUCGUGCGUCAGUCUGAGAACGAGGGCACACAUGGUCAACCGCUACUGGAUCUCUUUUGUGGGCAGCGUCAACUACACCACGGGCUUCUUCGUCUACGUCACUUUCAACCAGAGAUUCCGGGACAUUUUCCUGCGCACAUUUUUGGGCUGUUUCUUCUCAGACACAGAGGCCAAGUCUUAG